CCUCUCCUCUCCUCUCCUCUCUUCCUGAAAGAAAAAAAAAAAAAAAAAAAAAAUCCAGCUCUCUUCCACAAACUCUGCUCUUUUUAUACCUCAAGCCUUCCAUUUCUUCUGUCACAACAGUUUCAAUCAAAUAUCAAUCUCUUGCGUAUUGUCUUUCUCCUGCUGUGGUUGCUCUAUUAAUUCUUUAUCUGCCUUUGCUCAAUUCUCAUCGUUUACUAGAAAGAAGUUGGAAAUGGUUGAAAUUGUUAUUUCCGUUGCAGCAAAAGUUGCAGAGUACCUGGUUGAUCCAAUUAUACGUCCACUGGGUUAUCUGUUUAACUACCAUCGCAACAUUACGGAUCUCAACCAACAAAUUGAAAAUCUCCAUCGUGCAAGGGAGGAACUGCACAUACCUGUGAAUGAGGCUAAUAGGCAAGGGGAUGAAAUCCGUCCUGUUGUUCGGGAGUGGCUGACGUAUGCCGAAGGGAUCAUCCUAAAGAGAAAUGAUUUCAAUGAACAUGAAAGGAAAGCAAGCAAGAGCUGUUUCUAUUUAAAGUCCCGCUACCAGCUAAGCAAGCAAGCAAAGAAGCAGGCUGAGGACAUUGUUCUUAAAAUCCAACAAGCUCAUAACUUUGGUGACAGAGUAGCGUAUCGCCCUUCUCCUCCUCCUCUUCCAUUCAUCAGCUCUGCAUCUUUCAAAAAUUAUGAAGCUUUCCAGUCAAGAGAGUCUACUUUUAACCAAAUUAUGGAGGCCUUGAGAAACGAAGAUAUGCGCAUGAUCGGUGUCUGGGGAAUGGGCGGCGUGGGCAAAACCACUCUUGUCAAACAAGUAGCCCAAAAAGAGAAGGAAAACAAGCUCUUUCACGAGGUGGUCAUGGCCUCAAACAUAUCCCAAACUCCCAACAUCGCAGAAAUUCAAGAAAAAAUUGCAAGAAUGUUGGGUUUGAAAUUUGAGGCGGAGGAGGAUAGAGCAGGUCGCCUGAGGCAAAGGUUGAAGAGAGAGGAGAAAAUCCUGGUGAUCUUAGAUGAUAUCUGGGGGAAACUUGACUUGCGAGAUAUAGGAAUUCCUGAUGGAGAUGAUCACAAGGGGUGCAAAGUGCUGCUGACUUCCCGAGAGCAUCAGGUUUUAUCUAAAGAUAUGCGUACUCAAAAGGAGUUCCAUCUUCAACAUUUAAGUGAAGAUGAAGCCUGGAAUUUAUUCAAGAAGACAGCAGGUGAUUCCGUGGAGAAUCCUGAACUGCGUCCCAUAGCAGUUGAUGUAGCUAAAAAAUGUGACGGUCUACCAGUUGCAAUUGUCAUCAUUGCAAAUGCAUUAAGUGGUGAGAAGGUGGGUGUAUGGGAGAAUGCCUUGGAAGAACUGAGAACGGCUGCACCAACAAGCAUCAGAGGAGUGAGUCAAAAAGUCUACAAAUGUCUGGAGCUGAGCCACAACCAUUUGGGAAGUGAUGAAGUAAAGUCAUUGUUUUUACUUUGCGCUUUGCUGGGGGAUGGUGAUAUUUCCAUGGAUCGCUUGCUACAAUUUGCUAUGUGUUUGAAUUUGUUUGAAAGUACAUAUUCAUGGGAGAAAGCAAUAAAUAAACUAAUUACAUUGGUGGAAAACCUCAAAGUCUCAAGCUUGUUGCUUGACCAUGAAGGAGAUGGUGAUAGCUCUUCGAGCUUGCUUUUUGAUCACGCUUUUGUCAGAAUGCAUGAUGUUGUUCGAGAUGUUGCCAGAUCAAUUGCAUCCAAAGAUCCUCAUCGAUUUGUGGUGAGAGAAGCUGUUGGAUCACAAGAAGCUGUUGAAUUACGAGAAUGGCAGAGGACGGAUGAGUGCAGAAAUUGCACUCGCAUCUCUUUGAUAUGCAGAAAUAUGGAUGAGCUUCCACAAGGCUUGGUAUGUCCGAAACUUGAAUUCUUUUUAUUGAAUUCAAGUAAUGAUGAUGCUUAUUUGAAAAUUCCAGAUGCCUUUUUCCAAGACACCAUACAACUCAGAAUUUUAGAUUUGUCUGAAGUGUCUCUUACACCAUCUCCUUCAUCACUUGGUUUUCUUUCAAAUCUUCAAACAUUGCGUCUAAAUCAAUGCCAGAUCCAAGACAUAACAGUAAUUGGAAAACUGAAGAAACUACAAGUCCUUAGUUUGGCAGAGUCCAACAUUGAACAGCUGCCAAAUGAAGUGGCGCAAUUGAGUGAUCUAAGGAUGUUGGAUUUGCAGUAUUGCCAUAGCCUUGAAGUAAUUCCACGAAAUGUUAUAUCAAGUCUAUCCCAAUUAGAGUAUUUGAGUAUGAAAGGAAGUUUAAGUAUUGAAUGGGAGGUGGAAGGAUUUAAUAGGGGAGAAAGAAUUAAUGCUUGCCUUUCUGAGCUGAAACACCUGUCUGGUUUGAGGACUUUGGAGGUACAAGUAUCAAAUCCCAGUUUGUUUCCAGAAGAUGAUGUGCUCUUCGAAAACCUCAACUUGACCAGAUAUUCAAUAGUAAUAGGCUAUGGCUGGAUACUAAAUGAUGAGUGUAAAGCCUCAAGAAGGUUGAGGUUGCAAGGGGUUACAAGUCUUUAUAUGGUGAAGUGCUUCUCCAAGCUGUUGAAAAGAAGUCAAGUUCUAGACUUGUGGGGAUUGAAUGAUACUAAGCAUGUGGUUUAUGAGUUAGACAAGGAGGGUUUCGUUGAACUCAAGUAUCUCAUUCUCAAGCAAUGUCCUACCGUUCAAUACAUCCUUCAUUCCAGUACUUCAGUGGAAUGGGUUCCACCACCUAAUACCUUCUGUAUGUUGGAAGAACUGAUUCUUGAUGACCUAGAUAACUUGGAGGCAGUAUGCCAUGGCUCAAUUCCGAUGGGGUCUUUUGGUAACUUAAGAUUUCUAAGACUGUGGGGUUGUGAGAGGUUGAAAUAUGUUUUCUCUCUUCCCACACAACAUGGAAGGGAAUCAGGUUUUCCUCAACUGCAACAUUUGGCGUUGAUUGAACUCCCAUCGGUCAUUAGCUUCUACUCCACAAGAAGCAGUGGUACCCAGGAGUCAAUGACAUUUUUCAGUCAACAGGCUGCAUUCCCUGCCUUGGAGUCCUUGCAUGUACAUAAUCUACAUAAUCUGAAAGCAUUGUGGCACAACCAACUUCCAGCAAAUUCCUUUUCCAAACUAAAGCGCUUGCAUGUAACUGACUGUGAUGAAUUGCUGAAUGUUUUUCCCCUUUCCGUGGCGAAAGUACUUGUGCAACUUGAGGACCUACUGAUAGGCUCUUGUAAAGUACUAGAGGCAAUUGUUGCUAAUGAGAAUGAAGAUGAAGCAACAUCUUUAUUCUUAUUCCCUAGACUAACCUCUCUCACACUCUUUGCUUUACCCCAACUCCAAAGAGUUUGCUUCGGAAGGUUUACUUCAAGAUGGCCAAGUGAACUUGACAACAAAAUUCAGCAAUCGCUCUUCUUGGUUGAAAAGGCUGCAUUCCCUGCCUUGGAGUCCUUGCUUGUACAAUCUCUACAUAAAGUGAAAGCAUUGUGGCACAACCAACUUCCAGCAAAUUCCUUUUCCAAACUAAAGCGCUUGCAUGUAACUGACUGUGAUGAAUUGCUGAAUGUUUUUCCCCUUUCCGUGGCGAAAGUCCUUGUGCAACUUGAGGACCUACAUAUAUGCUCUUGUGAAGUAGUAGAGGCAAUUGUUGCUAAUGAGAAUGAGGAUGAAGCAACAUCUUUAUUCUUAUUCCCUAGACUAACCUCUCUCACACUCAAUACUUUACCCCAACUCCAAAGAUUUUGCUUCGGAAGGUUUACUUCAAGAUGGCCACUUUUAAAAGAAUUGACAGUGUGGAAUUGUAAUAAAGUGGAGAUACUAUUUCAAGAAAUAGGUUUGAAAAGUGAACUUGACAACAAAAUUCAGCAAUCGCUCUUCUUGGUUGAAAAGGUUGCACUCCCGGGCUUGGAGUCCUUGUCUGUAGACACACUGGAUAAUAUAAGAGCAUUGCAGCCUGACCAACUUCCAGCAAAUUCAUUUUCCAAAUUAAGGAAAUUGCAAGUAUUUCGAUGCAAAAAAUUGCUAAAUCUUUUUCCGGUUUCUGUGGCGAGUGCUCUUGUGCAACUUGAGGACCUACAGAUAUUCUCGAGUGGAGUGAAGGCAAUUGUUACCAAUGAAAAUGAAGAUGAAGCAGCACCUUUACUCUUAUUCCCUAACCUUACCUCUCUCACACUCUCCAAUUUAUGCCAACUCAAAAGAUUUUGCUCUGGAAGGUUUAGUUCAAGCUGGCCACUUCUGAAAGAAUUGGAAGUGGUCGAUUGUGAUAAAGUGGAGAUACUCUUUCAACAAAUAAAUUUGGAAUGUGAACUUGAGCCACUCUUCUGGGUAGAACAGGAAGCAUUUCUUAAUUUGGAAGAACUAAGAUUGAGAUUAAAGGGCACUGUGGAGAUAUGGCGAGGCCAAUUUUCAAGGGUGUCUUUUUCGAAGUUAAGCUAUUUGAAGAUAGAAGAGUGUCAGGGUAUUUCGGUUGUGAUUCCCUCAAAUAUGGUUCAAAUACUACAUAAUCUAGAAAAACUAGAGGUGAGAAUGUGUGAUUCAGUGAAUGAGGUUAUCCAAGUAGAAAUAGUGGGAAAUGAUGGACAUGAACUAACAGAUAAUGAGAUUGAGUUCACCAGAUUAAAGAGUUUGACAUUUUAUCAUUUGCCAAAUCUGAAAAUCUUUUGCUCAUCAACAAGAUAUGUCUUCAAAUUCCCAUCCUUGGAAACAAUGGAGGUGGGAGAAUGUCAUGGGAUGGAAUUUUUUUGCAAGGGAGUCUUUGACGCACCAAGGCUAAAAAGUGUACAAGAUGAAUUUUUUCGAAGAAUAUUAGCAAGAUGACCUGAAUACCACCAUACGCAAGAAGUUCAUGGAACAGGGUUAUAAAGAGGAAGAUUCUGAAAAAUUGGAUUCUAUCAAUUUAGAU